AGAAAAACAAAACAAUUCGAAGGCUUGGAAAUCGUGAAACAUCUGUGAUACGAGUGCACUAUUAAAAUAUAGUGGGAUAUGCGCAUUUCAAUAAUAAAACGUGACAUAUAAAUUGAUUGCACCCAUAAAGUGCUUAAUUAAAACAAAUUGUGAUAUUUAAAUACGGAAUAUUUAUUUAGUACAAAAAUAUGGCGGAGAACAAUACUGAAAGUGUCAAUCGUAAUAAAGUAAAAGACAGAGACACAGAUACCGAUGGCGAUUCCAAUAGCACUGCCGCUGCCUCAAACGGCGCGCCAGAAGAUGCACCGGCUGACUUUGACAAGGCCAUUAUUGCCUCCGGUUUUGGACGCUACAAUCUGGUGUUGUUGUUGUUGGCAAUACCUGCGACCUGUGCAAAUAUGUUCGAAUCAACGACGAUGUCAUAUAUUUUGCCCAUUGCUGACUGCGAUCUACAUUUAACUCUAACGGAUAAGGGUAUUCUGAAUGCAUGUGCCUAUGCGGGAAUGAUAAUUUCGGCUAUACCCUGGGGAUAUUUGGCUGACAGGAAGGGUCGUCGCAUGGUGCUUAUCUACGGCUAUUUGAUGACUUUUGUUUGCGGGUUUGGCAGCGCGUUAAGUCAAAAUUUUAUAAUGCUCGUGACGUUCAAGUUUUUCGGCGGGCUUAUGGUUAACGGGCCGUCAGCUGUGCUUUUCACGUAUUUAACGGAAAUGCAUGGACCCAAACACAGGUCCCAAGUUCUGAUGGUGGUUGGCAUGAUUACAUCUGCUUCCCAAUUCUUACUGCCUUUGAUGGCUUGGGCCACCUUUCCCAGACAAUGGGACUUUGUUUUCUUUGGCAGUCUAAAUAUACACAACUGGCACAUCUUUUUGUUUAUAUGCUGCCUGGCCAGUUUGACUAGUGGACUCAUAAUGUGCCUAAUGCCCGAGAGUCCCCGAUUUCUGAUGGCGCAUGGACGCAAUGUGGAAGCCUUGCAUGUGCUGCAAAGGAUCUAUCACAUCAAUACGGGCAAACCAAAGGACAGCUAUCCAAUCAAAUCACUUAUUCUGGAGGCGCCCAAUCGCAAUGCCAAGCAGGACGAGGUCAUCUACACAAUUGAUGAAAAACCAGCGGUAGUUGCCACAAAGCCAGAUUCACGCACCCUGCUGGAAAGUUUGCGUGCCGCGAUGCAGCAAAUAAAACCAAUGUUCCACAAACCGCUGCUCAGCCUCUCGUUGCACUGCUACACAAUGCAGUUCUGCAUAUUUCUGGGCAUGAACACAAUUCGCCUCUGGCUUCCCCAACUAUUUGCGUCCAUGGCUGAGUAUGAGUUGGCGCAUGCGGAUGAUAAAGAUGCCUCGGCUACCAUGUGCACUAUACUCGAGUUCAGUGUCAAUAAAACAGCUGAGACGUUAACGAAUUAUGAGAAUGCCUGUGCUGAGCCCAAAACUGUAUCAAUGGAUAUGUACUUUAACAAUAUAAUCGUUUCGGCCUGUGGAUUUGGCGGUUACUUCAUUGCUGGAGGGCUAAUGCGUAUUGGGGGUGCCAAGCGAUUGCUAACUUAUGGUCUAUUUGUGUCUGGUAUUCUUGGCAUAUCGCUUUAUUGGUCCAUGAAUGGUGUGACAACAAUUGUGCUCUCUUCAGCCUUUCUUUUUCCCACACAGUUUCGCUCUUUGGUGGUGGCCACUGCCAUGAUGUGUGGCCGCCUGGGCGCACUCUCUGGUAAUCUACUCUUCCCAGUUUUGAUACAGAUUGGUUGUGUGCCGCCCUUUGUAAUGGUUUCCUUUGUCAUGCUGCUUGCUGCAGUGCUCUCAAUUUUCGUUCCAAAUCCAACAAAAGCGGCAUUUACGUAAAAGUUAAGUGCUAAUCUAUGGCUUUGUGCUCUGUAAUUAUUGUUUACUUAGUUACUGUUGUAUUAUUGCUGUAUCUAAGUUGUAAAAACUACCAUUUCAAAUAAAAUAUGUGCAUAUAGUAUUGUAA